AUGGCUAAAGACCUGGAAGCCAUUAAUCUUCAUGAGGAGGGGCGUCGGGAGCUGGAGAAAGUGUGGCUCCUUAUCACUGUCCUCCACAAAUAUGACCUUGCAGGGCCUCAUGUGGUGCUAAUCUCUGGCAUUACUUGUGUCCCACUCUCCACUCCAGGUCUCUUCCAGAGAGCCAUCAUCCAGAGUGGCUCGGCGCUGUCCAGCUGGGCAGUCAACUACCAACCGGUCAAGUACACCAGCUUGCUGGCCGACAAGGUGGGCUGUAAUGUGCUGGACACGGUGGACAUGGUGGACUGUCUGCGGCAGAAGACGGCCAAGGAACUGGUGGAGCAGGACAUCCAGCCGGCCCGCUAUCACGUGGCCUUCGGCCCAGUCAUCGAUGGGGACGUCAUCCCCGACGACCCAGAGAUCCUGAUGGAGCAGGGUGAGUUCCUAAACUACGACAUCAUGCUGGGCGUCAACCAGGGCGAGGGCCUCAAGUUUGUGGAGGGGGUGGUGGACCCUGAGGAUGGGGUCUCCGGCAGCGACUUUGACUACUCCGUCUCCAACUUCGUGGACAACCUGUACGGCUACCCAGAGGGAAAGGACACACUGCGCGAAACCAUCAAGUUCAUGUACACGGACUGGGCCGACCGAGACAACCCAGAGACGCGCCGCAAGACCCUGGUGGCCCUCUUCACGGACCACCAGUGGGUGGAGCCCUCGGUGGUGACCGCCGACCUCCAUGCCCGUUAUGGCUCGCCCACCUACUUCUACGCCUUCUACCACCACUGCCAGAGCCUGAUGAAGCCGGCCUGGUCAGACGCGGCCCACGGGGAUGAGGUGCCUUACGUCUUCGGGAUCCCCAUGAUCGGCCCCACUGACCUCUUCCCCUGCAACUUCUCCAAGAACGACGUCAUGCUCAGUGCCGUGGUCAUGACCUACUGGACUAACUUUGCCAAAACCGGGGACCCGAACAAGCCAGUGCCACAGGACACCAAAUUCAUCCACACCAAGGCCAACCGCUUUGAGGAAGUGGCCUGGUCCAAGUACAACCCCCGAGACCAGCUCUACCUGCACAUCGGUCUGAAGCCCCGUGUACGGGACCAUUACCGAGCCACCAAGGUGGCCUUCUGGAAGCACCUGGUGCCCCACCUCUACAACCUUCAUGACAUGUUUCACUACACAUCCACCACCACCAAGGUGCCGCCGCCGGACUCCACCCAGAACUCACACAUCACCCGGCGGCCCAAUGGCAAGGCCUGGAGCACCAAGCGGCCGGCCAUCUCCACCGCCUACACCGGGGGCGGCGAGGGCUCCCAGGAGAAGUGGAACCCAGAGCAAGAUGGGGCCGGCACGCUUUUGGUGGAGAACCCACGAGACUACUCCACUGAACUGAGCGUCACCAUCGCUGUGGGAGCCUCCCUCCUCUUCCUCAACGUCCUGGCCUUUGCCGCCCUCUACUACCGCAAGGACAAGCGGCGCCAGGACACCCACCGCCAGCCCAGCCCCCAGCGAGGCGCUGCUGCCAUCGCCGCCGCAGCUAAUGCCAACGACAUCGGCCACGCGCCGGAGGAGGAGCGGCCCUCCCUGCAGGCCAACCAAGCCCACCACGGGGACUGUGAGGCAGUGGCCUCCCAUGACACCCUGCGCCUGGCCGCCGCCCUGCCCGACUACACCCUAACGCUGCGCCGCUCACCAGACGACAUCCCACUCAUGACGCCCAACACCAUUACCAUGAUCCCCAACUCCCUGGUGGGGCUCCAGACCUUGCACCCUUACAACACCUUCGCGGCCAGCUUCAGCAGUACGGGGCUGCCCCAUUCACACUCCACCACCCGGGUAUAGCUCCCCCCGUGAACACAGCCCCCUCCCUUCCAACCCUCACCGGAGGUGGCGUGGUGAGUGGUCAGACAUCUAUCGAACACCACGCGCCAUCCUCCCGGGCCUCUCACUUCCUCGCAGUAGGGGAUUUCAUUUGUAUCAAGUGCUCUGACUCUCCCUUGAGCUGUCUCGGCGGUUGCAGGGAGCACAGCCCCAAAAGAGGGACCCUCUUCUGCCCACCCCCACCCCCCAAAAAGAGGCUCAAGCCACUUGAGUGCCAUUCUGAACUCUGGUUCCUUCUGAGCCUCGCCAGAUAACGUGCAAGAGGUUAACCCAACAGGUCUCCCCUCUCCUCUACAGCAACCAUAUGGAGGGGGAACCCCAUCGCAACCCCUCAAAUGCCACUCGUUUCCUCCUUGCCACUCGAGACUUAUCAAUCCAAGUGCCAUGCGGGGAGGAGGAGGUUAAAAGCUAUGUUGCCAUAUCAAGGCCCAUUUGCGGGGAGUAUCUUUUGUGGGCCCCAUCCCACCAAAUGGGGGAAAUUGUUGCAGUCCAGUCCUGGGCAUCCCAAAAACCCCAGUGCUGGAUCCUGCGUGUCACUUGGGCUUGGUGCUGGGCCCAACAGAUGCUCUCUUGGUGCCCCUCUUCCCCACCUCACGAUCUUCAUGUCGCAGAGAAGAAGAAACAAUUUUUUUCCUGUCUGUCUCCUUUUUUUGUUUCUUCCUUUCCAAAAGACUUUUUUAAAAAAACAAAGCAGAUCUUUAGUUCUUUAAACACUAACGGGAAGAUGCCGUGUUUUUGUCCUUUGUAAAGAUUUUAAACUAAGUGUUCUUGAUAAAAAAAAGCCAGUUAGAGACACGUAUGUACACACAGAGACACACACAGACAGCCCACAUAUACACACACAAGACACAGACACACGCAUCAGCCCCGUCUGCGCUGUGGGCCCCUCCACUGCGGACCUGUGUGCCAAACUGAGAAACCAGCAAACGUCCUCUAGAAGGGGGCAGCCGCGGCAAAGACGACAGCCGCAACCGAGACCCUUUUGUAUUUUUUAUACGCCCCUCCGCCGCCAUUCCGACCUGUCCGUUUGUGUCCGUCAACCCACCCCAGCAGAGGAGUGGAAAUGAGCUGGAUUGCUGUCCCAGACACCCACAGUGCCAUCCCCAGUUCCCUUUGCCAUCUGCUGUGCCAAGUCUCCUGUAGGUUAGCCCUUCCUGCAGCGCGGCCAACGGGACGCUCACUGCCCCCUUCUCUCCCCAUUCCCAUUGCCUGAGUCCCACAAAAACCUCCUCAUUGUUGCCGUGCCUCUGCGCAGAGCAGCAUCUCUGUGGAGCAUCGCCAGCGCCAGAGCAGCAUCUCCGUGGAGCAUCACCAGUGGUGGGCAACAUGGGAGAAUGGGCAGCUGGGGGCAGAAAGGGGAGGAAAAGGGGGGUUGCCGUGGGCCUGAGAGCUGUCUGGGCGAGGAGGCGAUGGGGGCAUUCUGCUCACGCACAAACCGGACCUGGGAAUUUGCUGCAAAAACAACAUGAUUUUAAAGGGAGUGGUGAGAUGGGUGUUGGUUGGAGGUCUAGGUGCAAACAGGCCUUGAUGCUGAGGGAGAGGUCAGGUGUGGGGCUGGUAGUGAUAGAAAAGGGGGGGCAAGAGGUUCAGGAAUCAAGGUCUGGGGGUACAAAGGCCAGAAACUGGUCAAUGGUGAGUAUAGAUGGUCUGGAGAGGAUCAGGAGGACCCACGACACAAGGGCAGGUUGCAAAGGGACGGGCUGGGGGACCAGAAAGAAGGAAGGAAGGACCCUCUGCCCCCCAAAUAGGCAGUGGCUAUGGGAAGAAUAGAACCAAAUGGAUGUUGUCCAACUGGCUGGGAGGCCUCCAAGCUCUUGUCUUGGGGGGCUUCUUACAGCUCUGGUCCCCGCUUUCCCUUCCAAGGGCGAUGGGACAAGCGCAAGGUGAAUGAUUCUGGCUGAGAAUGUAUUUAAGCUGUCCCGACUCUCGCCUGAGCAGUGGAAAGGAUUCCAAAUAAAGUGGAAGGGGUAUUUUUA